AUGUCGACAGGGCUUCCACUGGAAAGACUAUUAGUGGUCCGGUGCGAUAGACGCGAUCCAUGCGGCAAUUGCCAGGAUGCAGGCAUCUCCUGUAAUCGUCGGCGGGCUGUGAAGCGCAAGUGUCUGACCACUCGGCCCAGGGGUAGUUACUCUCCCAGGUCUUCCCACAGUUCCCGACGAAGACCAACGCCUGAUCAUCAGUUUGAUCAAGGUAACUCGACGGAUGCAGUCUUACCAGUACUCCGCUCUGUCCCAAGUCGUAAUUUUAACGACCUACGUGGACCCCAAACUGGAGUUUUGUACGAUCCGGUAUAUGAUGCGCAGAUCACGAUUCAGCAUCAACUAUGCCAUCUACCGGGUCUCACUCUAGACAGACGCAGCGUGCUCGAGACAGCAUUGUCUGUCAUAAGAGUACUGUCUGACAAUUCGAGAGCAUCGGUACAAGACAGUCUUAACCAUCAAGAGGAAGUUCACUCUCGAAGCCCGUCUAUUGAAUUUCUUACCUGGAUGUUGAAAGGUUCGGAACUUUUCGUUGCGGAUUAUUUUAGACAUAUUUCAAUCCCAAAAUUGAAGCAGAUGGGACUUGCACUUCUUCGCAACAACAUACCGACUCGGGACUCCGUCAUUUACACCGUUUGCGUCAACGCCGUUGCCUACAAGUUUAUCACUACGGUGGUAAAUCUUGAAGAAGACACCGACGUCGCCCUCGAGCUGAGGAAGAGUGCCUCGGGGUAUCGAGCAGCAGCUCAGGCCGCAUUGAACCAGAUCCCACUGCUAAUACCCCCGUCUCUUGGUCUAUUACAGGCCAUCAUAUGUGGUAUAUUUCUUCACCAAGGGUCUGGAGAUGUUGACCUAAGUGGUGAGCUCACUAAGGCCGCCUGUAACACCUGCAUUGACUUGGAUCUUCAAGCGAAAGUUCUGAGUGGAAAUGCAAGCGAGGAAGAGCUUUUCUGCUUCCUUUGGUGCUACACUCUGGACAGAAACCAUGCAUUCAAAUCACGAACUUCACGCUGCCUUCUUGAUGUUCAGCUACCUCCCACUUUCAGCGAUCUUUAUCCAACUUACCCUCCUAUGGCCGAGCAUUUCUUGAUUUAUCUUGAUCUUGCCCGGGUGCAGGAUACAGUGGUCUCAUAUUUACCCGAUAGCUCAUCAAGUCACCACAAUCCCUCAUUGUUACAUGGUACUGGAGAAUACAUGCUGCUGCAGAUGCAAUAUAUCGAGCAGAGAAUGAACCACAUGGCUUCGUUGUCAUCCGAGUGGAAAGGGCUCGACUCUCAGACCGAAAUGUCGGCCCUGAAGUUCGCCUAUCAAUCCGUCAUGACCGGAAUCCUAUACCUCCUCCAAUCCGAUCCCAGCCAACCAACCAGCUCAACAGAGACCUACCUUCAAUCAGCGCGCCGGGAACUUUCAGCGCUUGUAUCCAUGUGUCACUCGGCAGAGAAGCAAACCGCGGUCAACUUUUUGAACUGGACGAUUUUGCUCUACCCAGCGACGGCAUACUUAAUCCUAUUCUGCAACGUUGUUGCGACAUCCGACAUCGGCGAUUUCAACCUCAUGAAAGCUAUCGCAGAAUGCCUCACUCAAACUGGACUCAGUUACCCCCUGGUGCAAUUACGAACACUCUACCAGAAAUUCCUGGGUCUUUCUGAGGAGUUUUUCAACGAUGAGCGCAAUGCGAUGCAGACGAUCGGUUCACCUCAGUUGCGAAGUCCGCUUUCUAACCCGGUUGGGAACCCCUUUGCUAUUACAUGGGGUGCAGAUGAUUUGCUUUUCGACCAGUUCGUUUUUACUGGAGCGGAGAGCUUCUCUGGUAUGCUGAUUCUUCCAGAGAUUGAUCCGUCUCUGCCAUACAGCUUUGAUUAA